AAUGCGCGCCCCCGGAGGCCCGGCGCGCCCCCGCCACUAUAACUGGAGUGCAUGGAGCAAGCUGCGUUCAGAGGAAGAAGGGCGGGCGCUGGGCGCCAGUUGACCGACUUUUCCAAGUGCGAUCAGCGCCCGUCCGGCCUACAUCCCGCCCCCAUGGACCCGCCCGGGGGCGCCCACUGCUGAGAACCCGAUGCCUAUUGGGCUCCGGGCUAGGUUGCACCCCGCCACCGCAAAGUGACCCCCCGCGGGCCGUGCAGGCUCCCAGCACCUCUUCCCGCAGAGCUCGCCGUCGGGCGAGGGCUCCACCGCCGCCACGCCUCGCGCCCCGCGCUGCCCGCCCCAUGCUGGUGCACACUUACUCCACCAUGGAGCGCCCCGACGGGCUGGGCGCAGCGGCUAGCGGGGCCCGCCUGUCGUCGCUGCCCCAAGCGGCCUACGGGCCGGCGCCGCAGCUCUGUCACACGCCGACCGCCGCCGCCGCCGCUGACUUCCAGCCGCCCUACUUCCCGCCGCCCUACCCGCAGCCGCCACUGCCCUACGGCCAGGCGUCCGACGCCGCCGCCGCCUUUCCCCACCUGGCCGGAGACCCGUACGGUGGCCUGGCGCCCCUGGCACAGCCUCAGCCUCCGCAGGCUGCCUGGGCCGCGCCCCGCGCCGCCGCCCGCGCCCACGACGAGCCGCCCGGCCUGCUGGCGCCUCACGCCCGCGCCCUGGGCCUCGACCCGCGCCGCGACUACACCGCCGCUGUGCCGCGGCUCCUGCACGGCCUGGCAGACGGCGCGCACAGCCUGGCCGACGCGCCCCUCGGCCUUCCCGGGCUGGCGGUGCCGCCGGGCCUGGAGGACCUGCAGGCCAUGGACGAGCCGGGAAUGAGCCUCCUGGACCAGUCCGUGAUCAAGAAAGUCCCCAUCCCCUCCAAAGCCAGCAGCCUUUCGGCCCUCUCAUUGGCCAAAGACAGCUUGGUUGGCGGCAUCACGAAUCCCAGUGAGGUCUUCUGCUCCGUGCCAGGCCGGCUCUCUCUGCUCAGCUCGACAUCCAAGUACAAGGUGACAGUGGGGGAGGUCCAGCGGCGACUCUCACCUCCCGAGUGCCUCAAUGCCUCUCUCCUGGGUGGUGUCCUUCGCAGGGCCAAGUCCAAGAAUGGGGGCCGGUGCCUGCGGGAACGGCUGGAGAAGAUUGGGCUCAAUUUGCCAGCUGGUCGUCGCAAGGCCGCCAAUGUGACACUGCUGACUUCACUAGUAGAGGGAGAGGCUGUACACCUGGCCCGAGACUUUGGCUACGUCUGUGAGACCGAGUUCCCAGCCAAGGCGGCUGCCGAGUACCUGUGCCGCCAGCAUGCUGACCCGGGGGAGCUGCACAGCCGCAAGAGCAUGCUGCUGGCCGCUAAGCAGAUCUGCAAGGAGUUUGCAGACUUGAUGGCGCAGGACCGUUCACCGCUGGGGAACACCCGCCCAGCACUCAUCCUGGAGCCUGGAGUGCAGAGCUGCCUGACACACUUUAGCCUCAUCACCCACGGCUUUGGCGGGCCUGCCAUCUGUGCUGCCCUCACUGCCUUCCAGAACUACUUGCUGGAGUCACUCAAGGGGCUGGACAAGAUGUUUCUAAGCAGUGCAGGCAGUGGGCAUGGUGACACCAAGGCUUUGGAGAAGGAUGCCAAACUUCGGAAGUAACUGCUUCCCCCACCCCAUCCCUAAGGGGCUCCCAAGGUCUGAAAUGAGGUGUUUGCUCCUGGGGGUGGGCCUGACAGGAUUAAAAGGUGGGGUUGGAGUCAGGCCAGAAAGAGAACAUUCCUCCAGAAACCCAUGAGUUAGGGGUCUGGGCUGGAGUAAGGGGAGGUGGCCUCUGUGGUGGUUUGUAAGAUAAGGGCCCAGGCGUCUGCCUCGCGUGUGCAAUUUUCUGACCCUUGACUGCUGAGAAAGGCUUCGACAGGAAAUUGCAUGGAAAAGCCUGGUUCUUGGGGCCAGUGCUGCCCACUAGGGUGCCCAUUAGGGUGAUGGGUGCUCCUAGAGGCCAAGGCCUUGCUGUUUUUACUAACAGCAGGAGAGGAAUUAACAAACCAGGUGCUACUGAGGAGUUGGUGCCCUUCAUCCCAGAAUCUCCUACCCCCAGAAAAGGGGUGCUGGCAGGAGGCCCCAGUGGGCUCUUUGGACCCCUGCCACUCUUGGAAAGAAGUGGGCAGGAGGGGGCCCUCAAGGAACAGAGAAGAUAAACACAAAUUGGAUAACUUGAAUCCAGGCUGCACUUCAGUCCUGUUGCUGUGUCCUAUUUAUUUAUGUUGUAAUUUAAAGUUUUAAAAUGUUCAGUGCAACUUAUUUAUCCCAAUGAGUUGAGGACUCGUUUCAAUGUCUUCUGCUUAUGCACCAAGAUGUCCAGCUGGACCAGGAUGGAGAGGGUGUUUUUGCUCGCAAAGGGCUGUUGGUGGGCCGGGAGGGAACAAAGAUGUCAGGGACCCCAAGGUUGUUGCUGGGAUUUUGUAUUUGCUGUUGUUUCUCUUGACCCUGCAGUCAAUGUACCUCCCCAACUCUCAGAUUGCUUUCUCAUUCUCUUAAUAAAACCUUUUCAUUGGA